UGGUAGACUUAUUGCCUUAAUGGGAAGGAAGUCUCAAGUCUCAACCACCACAAAGCAGAGAACUCUAAGAAAGAGGGGAAUGACCAACACCUUCAUAGUCCCAAGUCAUCUCUCUGUUCCUUGAGUAGCUUCCAAGACUUAUAAUUCUCUGUACUAUCUUCUCAUCAAGUCUCUUCAAACAAACAACAACCCCAUCAUGGAAAGUCCUCCUAGAUGCAAAUUCACAGUGAUUUUCAUCAUCAUUUCACUCUCCCUUGGCUUAAUUUCCUUCAUCUUGUGUAUAGCAGCUGAGAUAAAGAGGAAUAAGGAGGAGGAUCUCAGAUGGAAUGGGAAACUAUGUUCUUUGCCAACAAGCCAGGCUUUUGGAUUGGGUAUUGCAGCUUUGGUUAGCUUCUUCUUUGCCCAGAUCAUUGGAAAUUCUAUAUUACUAAAGAAUUGUUACUCCCACUCUAAGAUAACUGCUAUUGCAAAGAUUCUGUUUUUGAUAUCUUGGCUUAGCUUUGGAUUUGCAGUUAUUUUAUUGAUUGCAGCCACAAGCAUGAGCAGAAGGCAACCCUAUAGUAUAGGAUGGUUGAAUGGUGAGUGCUACCUAGUCAAAGAGGGAACUUAUGCUGGAUCAGCUAUAUUGGUCCUAAUUACGGUGGGUUCUAUAAAUGGUUCAACUUUCUCUUCAAUAUAAUCCAGCCAAGCGGAUCAGGAUCAGAAAGUACAAAAACAAAUGAAGUGACAUUGUUUCAAACCAUGCAUAAGAAGCAAACAACAUCAUUUUUUUGGUUCAAACCAAUGAGAAAAGGAAAAAGAAAAAGGUUUAGAAAGAGGAAGAAUUUGUCAACUGCACCUAGACACCUACAAGUUGCAGAGGGCAAAAUUUCAAGGUCAAUAUAUCAUACCAAUGAGAAGUUUCUUGAGGAAUAUAAUUCUUUUAUUUACCAAUUAUAAAAAAAAAAGGUAUCAGAGCCCACUAAAAGUUACUAACUAGCUUAUCCAAUGUCCAAAGGAAUAAUAUUUUGUUUUUUUCAACUUGCACGAAAG